AUGGUAAACAUUGUAAAGUCACGACCCAUGAAAAGUCGCAUAUUUGCAGCUUUGUGUGAGGAGAUGGGAGCAAAGCAUAAAACCUUGAUGUUUCAUACGGAGGUCCGGUGGUUGUCGCGUGGCAAGGUCUUGGUUCGUGUGUAUGAGCUGCGGGAGGAACUUAAAGUGUUUCUGACAAAUGAGGGGUCAGAUUACGCAAAGCAACUUGCAAGUGAUGAGUGGUGUGCAAGGCUGGCAUACCUGGCAGAUAUAUUUCAUCAUCUGAAUGAAUUGAACACCCGAAUGCAAGGCCGAAAUGAAAACCUGCUUACAAGUACAGAUAAAAUAAAUGGAUUCCGUUCAAAGGUGCAACUCUGGCAUCAACACGUGAAAAGUGGCAAUCUUGAAAUGUUCACACUCACCAUGCAAUGGCAAGGUGUUCACACUGCUGCACUGUUCUCCACUGAAUGCCUUGACUGGGUUAAGGACCCUUAUAGCUCAGCAUCAGUUGUUGGAAAGGAAAUGACUUUACAGGAGCAGGAGGAACUAAUUGAACUGAGACAAAAUCGUGCUUGCAAGCUAAGAUUUGCUGAUCUACCUUUGGACAGUUUUUGGUUGGAUACUGCCAAGGAGUUCCCCCUUCUGGCAAACAAAGCUAUUUUGACAUUGCUCCCUUUUUCCACUACAUAUCUGUGUGAGAUUAGCUUUUCAAGCAUGAUUGCUAUGAAAACCAAAUACAGAGAGAGACUGAGAACUGUUGACGAAGAGCUACGUGUGUGUCUUUCUUCGAUUCCAGCCCCAGAAUAUCAGCUUUGUGUUCAGCCAAACAGGCCCAGGUUCCGCACUGAAAGUAUUUUAUAA